GUGCUGCGAUUAAAGACAUGGGCCACACCACCGCCCCGCUUAGAAUCUAAUUUCUCCCCAAGCUGCGGGCCGGAGAUCAGGGAAGCCGCGCCUGCUGCCACGUCGGCUCGCAGCCAGCUUUCGGUUUCCGUGUGUCUCCAUCUUGCCUGCGCAGACCGGACAACCGGAGCGAAGUCUCGGGGAUCUGAGCCACCCAGGCGCCACUUGGGGCAAGACGGGUCUGGAUUUGCGUGGGAGGGCAAGUUCGUUUGAACCUUAACAAAGGAAUGCAGUAAAACAAAGGCCGCUGUUACUCAGAAUAAGUUCUGGUGAGCUGGAAGUGAACUCAAGGGCUCAAUAAAUCCUUUCAGUGUCUCGUCCCGUCCAGUUUUCUGGAGGUCUCCGGCGAGGACAGGCGAUAUUCUGGGCUACUGUUGAGUGGGAUGAGCCGGCAACCGCCCGGUAGCGCCUCUACUGCAAGAACCCUGAAAGCGAUGAAGAAAGCCCUCCGAAAUGAAGUGGACGUCUCAUGGAGCACGGAGCCCUGCUGAGUGGCUGGAAGCUGGAUGAGAGCCUGGCUGCUGGCUCCCGGACCAUGGCGAUGUGCCCCGUGUCUGCCGAGGUCAUCCACCAGGUGGAGGAGUCGCUGGACGAAGAGGAGAAGGAAAUGAUGCUUUUCUUAUGUAGGGACGUAGCCGAGAACCUGGCUCCCCCUAAUAUCAGGGACCUCCUGGACGGCUUAAGUGAGAGAGGCCAGCUCUCUGUUGCUACCUUGGCCGAACUGCUCUACAGAGUGAGACGCUUUGACCUGCUCAAGAGGGUGCUGAAGACGGACAAAGCAGCCGUGGAGGCCCACCUGGGCAGAAACCCUCACCUUGUUUCUGAUUAUAGGGUGCUGAUGAUGGAGAUUGGUGAGAAUUUGGAUAAAUCUGAUGUGUCCUCGUUAGUUUUCCUUACAAGAGAUUAUACAGGCCGAGGCAAGGUGACCAAGGACAAGAGUUUCUUGGAUCUGGUGAUUGAAUUGGAGAAACUGAAUCUGAUUGCUUCAGAUCAGUUGAACUUAUUAGAAAAAUGCCUGAAGAACAUCCACAGAAUAGAUCUGAAGACAAAAAUCCAGAAGUACACGCAGUCUGGCCAAGGAGCAGGAUCAAAUUAUAUGAAUUCUCUCCAGGCUUCUCUCCCAAACUUGAGUAUCAAGGAGCCUUCAUAUACUUCAAGGCUCCAGAACGGGAGAAGUAAAGAACAAAGAUUUGUGGAGCACCUUGGCAUUCAAAGAAAACCAAUGAAGACGUCCAUUCAAGAAUCAGGAGCUUUCUGGUCUUCGCCCAUACACGAGGAGAGUUACAGGAUGCAGAGCAAGCCCCUAGGGAUCUGCUUGAUCAUCGAUUGCAUCGGCAAUGACACAGAAUAUCUACAAGAGACCUUCACUUCCCUGGGCUAUCAUGUCCAGGCUUUCUUGUUUCCCAGUGCGGAUGAUAUAAGCCAGAUUCUCCACCGAUUUGCCCUUCUACCCCAACACAGAGACCAUGACAGCUUCGUAUGUGUUCUGGUGAGCCGAGGAGGCUCCCAGAGCAUGAUGGGCGUGGACCGGACUCACUCAGGGUUCUCCUUGGAUUGUGUCAAGAGGAUGUUCAUGGGGGACUUGUGCCCUUCUCUAGUAGGGAAACCAAAGCUCUUCUUUAUUCAGAACUAUGAGGUGUUAGGCGGCCAGUCGGAAGACAGCAGCCUGGAGGUCGACGGGCCAGCAAUAAAAGACUUGGACUCCAAGGCCCUGCAUCCUGGCUCCUGCCUGACUCACAGGGAAGCUGACAUCUUCUGGAGCCUGUGCACCGCAGAUGUGUCCCAGCUGGAGCAGCCCUCUAGCUCCUCCUCCAUGUACCUGUGGAACCUCUCCCAGCAGCUAAAGCAAAAAAGGAAACGCCCACUCGUGGAUCUCCAUGUUGAACUCAUGGACAAAGUCUAUGCCUGGAACAGCAGAGUCUCUUCGAAGGAGAAAUAUUAUCUGAGCCUGCAGCACACUCUGCGAAAGAAACUCAUUUUGUCUUCUACAUGACAGCCAGAAGCCUUCUGGGUUCUUGGGGUGUGUGUAGGCCAAGGUGGCUUGGAGCUGACAAACCUCUUGACUGCUUGGGAAGGUCACCUUUGCUCUGUCUGGUUCUAGGGCAAGCCCUGGUUCCCCAUUCUCCUGUAAACGGGCAGCAGCCAUAACCCCUGCUGUUGUGGACCACGCCUCUACCGCCACCAUGCCUCCCCACCACGAUGCAAAGUAAACCUCUCCUCCUUAAGUUCCUGUGUCAGAUGUUUUGGCACAGUGUGGAGUGGUAAGAUAUAACCCCAUUGCUUCUUGGGUUUAUCUACCGAGAUAUGCUAAGUUAUUGUAAGGGUGAUAGUCUAUGGUUCAAGAUCUGAACUCUGACACUUGAACGUAACUUAAGGAGGAGAAUUACCUGAGUUCAUCAUCCGAUCGGGUAAAUUGUUUCUAUGUCUGGAGUGUCUGCAUCUAGUCAUUUAUUAAUUUAUUAGCUACUUAAGUUAUUAGAAGUAUCCAUUGCUUCGUGAACCAGGGGUUGUCUGGCGUCACCGCUCUUGAACUUGCACAUUUAUCUUGAGUUUUUGUGAGCUAGCUUCACAUGUAGGUUAUUUUUUUCAAAAAACAGAUUUUAUUAUGUCUGUUUAAAAAUCUAUAACCUGAGGCUCUGGAACACACGUAGAUAGAAAAAUGGUUACCACAGUAAUGAUUUAGCUUGACUAUAAUUUCGUAUAGUUAACUUGUUUAUGACAAAAAGUGGAGUAAAUCUGUUUAUUUAUUGAACACCUUUGAAACAAGCUUGGAAUUGUAGAAAAAGUCCUGUAGUACCAGGACUAGGCCGAAUGAGGCCGGAGGAUCACAAAUUCCCAUCCCAGUCUGGCUAUGUGGUAACUGUGGUGUGUGUGUGUGGGGGGAGGGGUGGCAGUGGAGAGGAGACAAAUUAUAACACAGUCUAGUUUUGUUUUGUUUUGUUUUUAAGCUGCUAUAAAAUGUGUUCAGAGAGCUAAUAAUCCAAUUGAGGCCAUAAUCUAAUUUAAGAUUAGUAAUCAAGCAGGCCAUGGUAGCAUAUACUUUUAAUCCCAGCACCUAGGGGGCAGAGGCAGGCGGAUCUCUGAG